AAUACUCACUAACAGCAAAGCGACCUCUCAUUUCUGCUUUCCUAUUCAACUAUUCUGGAUAAACGCAACCUGCCAUCUCUCCUACAUAUAAUAACCUCCUGAAUUUAGGAGGAUCUCACACACCAACUAGACAAUUUUUCUCAACUUCAUAUACACAUCAUACCAAUCCGUUUUCAAAAAGAUAAUAAGGAGAGUGGAACAAAGAAACAAAAAGAUGGAAGGACGCUGCCAAUGCGGUCUAAUCCGCUUUACCACUCCUUGCCCCCGCCCUCUGAAAAUCUACAUCUGCCACUGUACUCAAUGCCGCCACCAAUCCGCCUCCUCCUACGGCCUAACGGCCAUCUUCCCCAGUUUCGAUAUCCCAGAACCGGAACCUAGUGUCUCCCACACAAUCACCAACUACGACCCAACAUCCUCAUCAGCCAUUGGUAUCCACAGACGGCAGACGUUUUCCAACAAGAUUAUGGACUGUCUGUUUUGCAAGCAGUGUGGGGUACGCUUGAUGCAUCGGGUGCGCGGGGAGGAACGGUUGAGUGUUAAGGCCGGAUGCCUUGAGGGCUUGAACAAGGAAAUGAUGGCGGGUGCGAUACACAUCUGGUGCAAGGAGGCAGUUGUUGAGAUUCCUGAGGGAGCGGAAAGAUGGGAUGAGGAACCUAGUCAGGGGUCGUUCAAUUGAGGCAUUGGAUUUAUGCAAGACACAUGUAUAUCAGUGUUGGGGUGAGAGUUAUAAGGUAAUUGAUGAGAGAUUGAGUGCAUCUAUAUUGUUUAGUUUGUCUCAUCUCUUUUCGUAAUGAAGACUGCUCAAAUCGGAGAAUUCAAUUUGAGCAAAUGCUAUUCAGAUAACUAUGCUUGAUAUAUUUCUUCUGUAAUACAGCCAGCCGCUACUGUUCAUAACCAACAUAUACAGCGUAGUCAGAAGCACAGGAUAGGCGAUUCAGGAUCUCUACCUUAACCCAGUCUUUACUCAAAGAGGCCUUUCUAUCAUUAUGCCUUUUCUAUUUUCAUGUUCUGGGACCUACCCCAUCCCUUGUAUGAUUUCCCCUUCAUAUUAUGGGUGACACAGAGUGAAUCCAUGAAUGAUGCAAGGAGAGUAUGGAAAUGUGACAUAUGCAUGGCUUUACUUGGCACUACAUGAAUAUAAGCAUGUACAUACAUAUGUUCAUUUUCAAAUAAUA